GAGUUAUGAAGUUUAACGGUCAGGCGCGGCGCGGGCAGCCUCUUCCGGAAACUAAAGAGGUCCUCAGAGUAGUUCUCGCUAACAAAGCAGGCUAAGAUGUCGGGAGAGGUUUAUCUCCUGUGGCUCCUCUCGCUGCUACAAACGCUGUCGGCGUACAGUGCCGAUCUGUCGUCUGAGGCGUGCCGGGAGCUGGGCUUUUCCAGCAACCUGCUAUGCAGCUCCUGUGACCUUCUCGGGGAGUUCAGCCUCACCAAGCUCCAGCCCGACUGCGGGCAUUGCUGCCAGCAGGAGGCCCAGAUGGAAGGGCGCAAGCUCUAUGGUGGGGCCAUCCUUGAGGUGUGUGGAUGAAAAUUGGGGAGGUUCCCUCAAGUCCAAGCUUUUGUCAGGAGUGACAAGCCGAAGAUGUUCAAGGGUCUUCAGAUCAAGUACGUGAGAGGCUCAGAUCCUGUACUAAAGCUUUUGGACGAUAACGGGAACAUUGCUGAGGAGCUCAGCAUCCUCAAGUGGAACACAGACAGCGUGGAGGAGUUCCUGAGUGAGAAACUAGAGCAGAUAUAGAGGCGUGUAUGUUUGUUUGUUUUUAGUCUUUAGUUAAAAGGUCGGUUCACCCAAAUUACAACACCUCUAGUGGUGUGUAGCCAUGCGGAUAUUUUCUGUUUUAUGUGUCUGAGAUUUCUGUCUCCACCUUCAAGUAAAUGGAGUCUUGUUUGUGGUGCUCGCAGCACUGAAAAAUGACAUUUAAAAUAUUCCAACAGCAACUUGUCUUUCUAUAAAUUGUGUCCUGGUCACUGCAGAUAAACCACCUCACACACUGUCAGCGGUUUUCAUUGGAACUACUUUCUGCUGAAGAAAUAGUUCCACUGAAAACUGAGACACUAUUUCUGGAAAGAUUUGUCACUGUAAAUCAAAUUUUUCAAUGUUUUUGAGUACAACAAACAAAAAUACACUCUCCUCCAUUGUCUUUAGGUUGCAGCAGAAAUCUCAAGAGAAACUCUUGAAAGCAAAUAAAAACUAUCCUUAUGGCUAAAGUCUACUAGGAGCUACUGAGAAACAUGCUUUUUUUCAUAAUUUGGGUGAACCGACCCUUUAGUUAUUUACCAAUUUGUACACAACUUGGCCUUGAUAGAUGGUUGUUAAAUCACUAUAUGACUGUUUUUGUAUCUGAAAAUCCAGAAUUUCUUGUCUGGAUUUUACCAAAUAACUUAUGUGAGAGUCACGGAGCCCCGACAGGCAGCACACUCAAAAUAAUGAUCGACAAUACAGAUGAAUCAUGGCUCAAAGCGGGGAGGGGUUGAAAAACAAUAAUGCACAUCAUGAACUGUUUUCGUUGUCUACCUGUGGGAGUUUAUGUUCCCCUUCUGUCUGUCUGAUAUUCUCGUAUGAUUAUUUUUUUAUAACGCUCAACAUUAUGACUGAUGGGAUUUGUAGUAAGAAUGAAUCCUAGUUGCUCUCCAGAUGCAGAAGUCUUUGCCGAAGCACCCGUUAGUGAAGAGCUCACAGUAAACCAGCUUUUGGGAUGUGAGUUCUGAUGUUCAGUUUGUGUUUGUCGGCAUCUUCUGCUCUGAAGAGAAACUGGGUUUAUUUUGGAUGCUUGUUUUUGAGCGAGUGAGGUGACCGUUUAAAUAUGCAACAAUAAACAAAGUCUCCGAUGA